GGAAGUGGUUCCCGGUCGGGACCCGUAGAGAGAGGUGGGAGCGGCGGCGAUGGUUGUAGCAAAGCUCUGUGGCCAGAGCGGACCAGAUCGACCCUGCGGCGGUUGCUCAGUACGGGGGCGGUAGCUGCAGCUGCCACGACUCACGGGGCGAGCCUGGAAGAGCAGAGAGGAACGCAAGGGAAGGGAUUCUGGAGACACUCGAAGUUUCCGUUCACGACAUUUUCUCGGCCCUUCUCAGUUUAUUCGUAAACUGAUGUGAGAGCUUUUUAGUGCAACCUCUGAGUUAAGAUGCAUGGGCAUGGAGGCUAUGACUCUGAUUUUAGUGAUGACGAACAUGGGGGAGAAUCGAGUAAGAGGAAAAAAAGGACAACUGAAGAGGACUUUCUGCUCAAAAAGCCAUUUCAGAAAGAAAAGCAUGGAAAAGUGGCUCAUAAGCAAGUUGCAGCAGAAUUGCUGGAUAGGGAAGAAGCAAGAAACAGAAGGUUUCAUCUCAUAGCUAUGGAUGCUUAUCAAAGGCAUACAAAGUUUGUAAAUGACUAUAUUUUAUACUAUGGUGGCAAAAGGGAAGACUUCAGGCGUUUAGGGGAAAAUGAUAAGACAGACUUGGAUUUAUACGAGAAAAAUCAUAGAUUCCUAUGGAACGAGGAGGAUGAAAGAAUGACUUGGGAGAAGAGACUUGCAAAGAAAUAUUAUGAACUAUUCAAGGAAUACUGCAUAGGAGAUCUCAGUAGAUACAAAGAAAAUAAGUUUGGAUUUAGGUGGCGAGUAGAAAAGAAUGUAAUAUUCCCUAAUGGGGAGAGUCAGUUUUUUUGUGGAAAUAAACAUUGUGAUGAAAAAGAAGGCUUAAAGAGUUGGGAAGUUAAUUUUGGAUAUAUCGAGCAUGGUGAAAAGAGAAAUGCACUUGUUAAAUUAAGGUUAUGCCAAGAAUGUUCCUUUAAAUUAAAUUUUCAUCACAGGAGAAAAGAAAUUAAGUCCAAAAAAAGAAAGGCCAAAACCAAAAAAGAUUGUGACGAAUCAUCACAUAAAAAAUCCAGAUUAUCUUCUGUAAAAGAAGCCUCCAAGAAAAAGGAUAAAGGACAGUCAACUUCAAAGAAAUCAGAAGAUUCUGUAAAAGGAAACUCUGAUGAGGAAGAAAUCGUUUCUGAAUCUGAGCUCUGGAAGGGUCCACUACCAGAGACAGAUGAAAAAUCACAGGAAGAAGAAUUUGAUGAGUAUUUUCAGGAUUUGUUUCUGUGAGAUGGGAGAGAGAAAGCCUGCAUUCCUUAAUGUGAAAGUAUACUUCAAAACUUCAUAAAUUUUUAUCUACAAGUUGCAGUUUGAGUGGUUGAUAUUUGGAAAUAAAAAUCCAGCCACUCUCAGGAUGUCUGAUGCUUCCAAAGUUUAUUAGUAGACACACUUCCCUGUCCUAUUUCAGUUACUCAUCUGUAAACCUCUUUUAUCCAUAGUUCCUUGAUAUACAUUCAGAUAUGGAAUGAUUGGCAUUAAACUGAAAACUAAGUAAUUUAGUGUCUUACUUUAAAAAGGUUAGUAUCAGAAAUUUUCCUUUUAUUAAACGGUUGUUAUUCAUUAAUUCCACACAUAUUUAUCAGGCUUCUAUUACAUGUAAGGCACUGUACUAGGCAUUGUCUAAGAAAUAAUUAUGCAGUCAUUUCUGAACUUGUUAGUAAAUAGUAAAUUGGUGUUAGGUUUAUUAGUGUUAAACAUGUGAAAGUCCCUUCAUUUCUUGAAGGUAUUAUGUUUUUCAUCUCACUACUUUAUAGUGAAAUAAAAAGGAAUCUUGAUUUCUAGGAAAAAUAUUUGAAAUGUCCAAUAGCAAAAUUAUUAGAAGUAAAAUACAUGUAAUUAAACAUUCUUAUGAUAAAAAUAUAGUCAUAUUUUAGUGGUCAUCAGAAAAUAAAAUUCCUCCAGAAUUUAAUGUUAAUUGGAAGAAUAUCUAAAUACCCUUUAAAAUAGAUCCAUAUAUUUGGUAGUGCAAGUAUGAGUUUAUGCAUCAAGUUCAAUGAUAAAUUUAGAUUGUUAUAUAAAAUUAAACACUUAGUCCAUUCGACAUAAUGGCAGAUGAUGAAAGUCCUACUUUAAGGAGUGCUUGAAAAGCGCUUCAGAAUGAGUUUAAACACGAAUUCUCCUACAUACCAAUUUCACACUUUGCCUCAGUGCAGUCAGCAGUGGUCAGUGAACCCUUGGUCUGCAAGGUUGGAGAUUAUGCUUCCUCACACUUGGUCUAAAGCAGAGUUCAUAUAUUUGGCACAUUGCUACCCUCAUCUCAGUUUCUGGUGACUGAGAAGGGAAGUUGAACUGACUUGGUAUCUAGAGGUUAAAAACUUUAAAAAAAAAAGCUAACAGAAUAGUUUCUUAUGUGAUUUUUUAAAAUAAUAGUGGAUUCUCGAAGUGGAGUCUCAAAAUUAUUCUAAGUAAUGGAAAUAAGGGAGUACAUGCAGUACUUACCCAAGGUGAUGACUUAUUAUUCCUCAUUUAUAUGUGUUAUAUCAUUCAUUCAAAAAAUCAUGCAUUCAUAUUUACUGAGUGCACCUUGUGCUACGGCUGGUUUUCUUACAAGAAGAGAAAACUAGGACACACAAACACGGAGGGAUGACUAUGAAGACAUAGGGGAAAUGUGGCCAUCUACCGACCACGUUGAGAGGCCUCAUGAAAAACCAACCUUGAUCUUGCACUUCUGGGUUCUGGCCUUUAGAAUUGUGAGAAAAUAAAUUUCUGUCAUUUAAGCCACCCAGUCUGUGGUACUCUAUUACAGCAGUCUUAGCAAAUAAAUAUAGCUAAUAACAUUUUUAAAACUGUGACUAGUUUCAGGACCACAUAUUUUUUUAAAGUAAGUCGGCACCAAAAAUGCACCUGUUUUUGUCUUAUUUUGCACUUUUGUUGAACUUUAUUUUAUCCUUAGGGUUUUCAGGCCAGAAAUAAUAUAUUCUCUUGAUAGUCACAGGAUAGUUUUUCUGGAGAUCCUCUUAACUGUUACUCAAUGAUUUGCAGAGUGAAAUUUGCUGAAGUGUUUUUUUUGUUUUUUGUUUUUUUAAUGUUUUCUGUUUUUCUUCAAAACUAAGAUGAUAUUUGAAAUUUCGGCCAUUUGGAUUAUAUUACAGCAUUAAGCAUGUUUUGGACUUUUUGUCGUCAACACCGCCUCCUGAAUCCUCAGCAACUAGUAAGAAACAAGAAAAGCAAUAUUAUUAGGAAUCAAUGUAAAUCCAGUGUUUUUAUUCUAAUUCUCAUGAUAACUGUCUCUUAUCAACUUUAUAGCCCAAUUAAUAAUAUUACCCUAUAGCAAGUAUUAAAGGUUUCACCACUUAGAAACAUUUUAAUUCACAGUUGGUUCAUUUAAAAAAUAUAAUCUGACAAGUGGUUAGCUAGUUAACGUAUCAGUUUCUCAUUGAGGUUAUGCAAUGUGGGAAUGAGCUUGAUGCAAAAAUGUUGAUACCUAGAAAUACAAAGUAAUGUUCUUUGUCCACAGAGAAUUCAGUGUGU